AUGGGCUCCUUGCUGAUGCCGCUGCUGAGCAGCGUGGCAGCCAAGGUGGGCGACGUGCUGGUGGGUGAGCUGCUGCGGGCGUGGGGGCUGGACGCGGCCCACCGGAAGCUGGAGCGCCACCUCGCGGCCGUCCAGCACAUCCUGCUGGACGCCGAGGCGAAAAGCCGCACCAACCCCGCCGUCCGCCAGUGGGUCAGCGACCUCAAGACGGCCGCCUACCAGGCCGACGACGUCCUCGACAACUUCCGCUACGAGGCGCUGCGCCGCCGCGCACAGACCCGCCGCUCCAUGCCCACGACGCGCAAGGUGCUAAGCUACUUCACCGUUGAUAGUCCCAUAGUUUUCCGUUUUUCCAUGAGUAGGAAGAUGAAGGAUGUCCUUGAAAAGAUAGAUGAGCUGGUUGUGGAGAUGAACAAUUUUCACUUCCUUACGCAUACCAAGACACCAAGCAUUGUUCACCCGCAAACACACUCUCGUGUUGAUGAAUCAGAGAUUGUAGGCAAACUACAUGAGAAGGAACAGGUGGUGAAGAUAUUGCUCGAGUACCAAUGUGACAACAAUAAUGUCAUGGUCCUCCCAAUAGUUGGCAUGGGGGGCAUUGGCAAGACCACCCUUGCUCAACUCGUGCACAAUGAUCAGAGAGUGAUGCAUCAUUUUGAUUUGGUCAUAUGGAUCUGUGUCUCUGACCAGUUCGUCGUUGAAGAAAUAAUUCGAUCUAUUAUAGAAGUGGCCACGAUGAAGAAGUGUGAAUUGAUUGAGAUGGAGGCACUGCAAAAGAAACUUAGCCAAGUGUUGGGCAAGAAAAGGUACCUCCUAGUUAUGGACGAUGUUUGGAAUGAAGAUAGACAAAAGUGGGAUGGUCUGAGAUUAUUACUAUGCUCAGAUGCUGGCUCAGGUAGUGCUAUAAUUGUGACAAGCCGCAGCAACCAAGUUGCUUCUGUCAUGGGAACAAUUCGUUCACAUCAGAUAUCACUUCUGAAUGAGGAUCAAUCAUGGGAGCUUUUCCACAGGAAUGCAUUUGUAGGGGAAGUGGAAAAGCAAGAUGAACUGAUUUUAAUGGCUAGGAACAUUGUCCAGAAGUGUAAGGGGUUGCCUCUUGCUAUCAAGACCAUUGCAGCUUUACUUCGUAUGGAGCAUCACAAUGAGUGGUUUUCUAUUCUGGAUAGUGAUGUCUGGAAGAAUGAGAUCCUCAGAACUGGGUUUAUACCUGCAUUACAGCUAAGCUACGAUCACUUGUCACCCGAAGCAAAAAUAUGUUUUUCCUUCUGUGUUAUUUUCCCGAAGGGUAGCAUGCUCGAUAAAGACAUGUUGAUCCAAUUAUGGCUUGCCAAUGACUUUAUUGCAUCAGAAACAAGGGGCCAACAAAUUUUUGAAGUGUUGGUUUGGAGAUGUUUCCUCCAAGAUGUGAAAACUCAAGAGAAUCUGCUCUCAGGAUUUCGAGAUGAGUACAUCCACAGACCAACUGCAUGCAAGAUGCAUGAUCUCAUGCAUGAUCUUGCUGAGUCCGUAAGCCAAAAUGAUUGCACAAUUCUUCAAAAGUAUUCACCUAAUGAAAGUAUGCAAGGAUCCACACAUGAUAGUUUAUUACUACGUGAUGUUCGACAUUUGUCACUUGUUUCUAUCAAUAAUACUAGAGCAGCCAUGAAGGAUAUUAUAGCUCCCCGCACAAUAAUAUUCCAAGAGGAGUGGUUUGGGACUCCUCUGAUUAUGGCAGAGUCAAAAUUCAUGUCCUUACGAGCAUUGAAGGCCUUCUCAAUCAAGACACGUAUGACAAACUUGAAGCAUCUUCGCUAUCUAGAUUGUUCUUAUUCUCUUAUACGUGCCCUGCCAGAAGCCACUUCCAUGUUGUAUAGCUUGCAAACUCUAAAGCUCAUUGGUUGUCAAAAUCUCAAGAAAUUACCAGAAGGGAUGAGAUGCAUGAUCAAUCUUCGGCACAUCUUCCUCAUUGGGUGUUAUUAUUUGGAGCACAUGCCAAAGGGUAUUGGUCAGCUAAGUUAUCUGCAGACAUUGACCAAUUAUGUCAUUGAUAGUGACACAAGUCGUGGAAUCGAUCAACUAAAAGAUUUGAAUCUUGGUGGGGCUCUUUCUUUGAUUGGGCUGAGAAAAGUGCACAGCGCAGAAAAUGCUAAAGAAGGAAAUAUUUCUGCCAAGCAUAAUUUGAAAUGUCUAUCACUCGAUUGGUAUGGACCUUAUAGCACACAUGUUGGAGAUGAAGUACAUAAUGCAGAAGGAAUAUUAGAGGCCCUUCAUCCUCCCAAAAGACUUCAAGUUUUACAGUUAUCUAAUUAUACUGGUGCUCAAUUAUCAUUGUGGAUGCAUGACUCUAUACUGUUAGAACAUCUCAGUGAACUUUCUCUGAGUAGCUGCAAGAACAUCAAGGAUCUUCCACCAUUAUGGCAGCUGCCCUCCCUCGUGUACUUGAGUUUGGAUGGUCUGCAUGACUUGACACGUAUAUGCAUUGGUAAUGUUGCAGACAAUGGGGAAUCAUGUAUGUCCCCACCGCUCUUUCCUAAAUUGGAAACCAUGAAAGUUUCCAGCAUGCCUAAGCUAGAGAGAUGGCACCAGGAGGCGACAGGGCAAGUAGCAGUCAUAUCAUUCCCUCAGCUCAAGAAGCUAAAGAUUUCUGAGUGUCCAAUGUUAGCAAGCAUAGCAGUCAUAUCAUUCCCUCAGCUCAAGAAGCUAAAGAUUUCUGAGUGUCCAAUGUUAGCAAGCAUGCCCAGGAUGCUCCCUUUGCUUGAAGAUCUAGAGGUGAGGUGGACAACAAAGAUCCCCUUUUACCACACGAUGAAUCAGUGUGUGCAAUCAAAUCUUGAGUGCAAAGGCUACAUUGAAGUGGAACCUGCUGGUUGGCUGAUGAGGGACAUCCAUUUAUCGAGGUUUCGUGACUCUGAUGUGUCACUGAAAUUAAAAGAUCUCGUGGAACAUGCAGAGCACUUUGAAGAGGAACUCAAGAGAAUACCUUGCAGAUUUAUUAAGAAGAUGAAGAUAAUAGACUGCAACUGUCUUUUCUCAUUUGAACCAUCCCAAAUACAGCGAAAUAUAUGGAAUCGUUUUGUCUUUGUUGAAGAUCUGUGGAUUAUAGGCUGCAGCAAUAUAGUACAAUGGCCAACAGUGGAAUUCAGAAACUUGAAUUAUCUUCAAUCUCUGCACUUGAGUAAUUGUUCGAACUUAACGGGCUCACUUCCAUCAACAUCCGAUGCUGAAAAUGUCCUGCCUCCUCGACUCAAAAAGCUUGCAAUUGUAAGCUGUGAAAAUAUGAUGGAAGUGCCAAAGUUGCCUGUGUCUCUUGAAGAAUUGCACAUAGCUUAUUGCCACAAGCUGGUAACGGUGCCAACAAUUCUUGGGAACGCCAGAAAUCUGAGAAGACUUUUUCUGGCCAAGUGCGACGCCCUGACGACGGCAGUUCCAGAUGGAAUGUAUAGACCCACUGCGCUCAAGGAGCUGAAUAUUUCUGAGUGCCCAAUGGUAGAGACGCUAACGGAUGGACUCCUGCAGCAGCUCCUUACCCUUGAGGGAAUAUAUAUCGGAGGUUGUCCGGACUUGGAGAGAGCCUUGGCGAGCGCAUUCUCAAGAGGAGGAGCAUACUGGCAUUUGGUUGAAGCAAACUCACAUAGAGGCAUAUCAACAACGUCUAAUGGAAUUCGGCUCGAGCAAAGUGGAGAGAUGGCUGCUGCUCACGCUGAUGAGGCCAUCAACCCAUGCCCUAGAUGCCUUUGUGAAUGCGCGCAAUGUUGCACAGCCUGCCUUUUCUGUACCCUGUGCAUGCUCUGUUAA